AUGAUGGACAAACCAGAUAUGGUCAUUUCUAUUGACUUUGGCAUGACAUGCACGGGGGUUGCAUAUUGCAAUGUAGCGACCGGAUCGAGUGAAGUUCGAUAUAUCCAAAGAUGGCCAGGAAGGAUGAUGGCAAAUGAGAACAAGGUGCCAUCCCUAUUGCUCUACCCAAAAGGCAGCUCAGUGCCCUCGUCAUGGGGAUUCUCCGCCGAAACCGUCCAGAAACAAGUGGAUCGCGAAGGUGAGAUCUGCGAAUGGUUCAAGAUCUAUCUAGACGAAGAGCGUCUGGAAGAGAGGCGCAAGAGUACAAGUGAUGCUGCGAGCGUACCGACAAUGCGGCAGGUUGAAGAAUGGUAUACCCAGUACUUCCAAUUCCUAUAUCGCUGCAUAGAGACAAGGCUCAGAUCCGAGCUGGCAAGCUCCUGGGAAGACGCCAAAAUCGAAUUCAUCUUCUCCGUCCCCACGACCUGGGACCCUAGCACGACAGUGGAGCGGUUCAGGGGAAUCAUCAAACGAGCGGGUUUUGGAGUUUGGCCAUCACACACUGCUACAAUCGGCUUGACGGAAGCGGAAGCUGCUGCUGUUUACACUGCGAGAAACACACCCGCUAUCUUCAAAGAGGAUGAGAUACUUCUCGUUUGCGACAUUGGUGGCGGGACGACAGAUUUAUCUGUAUUCCGAAUUAAAGAUACUGCAAAUCACCAGGGAUCGUUGAGACUAGAGCAGAUUGACGUCGUUUUUGGCGCCACUAUAGGCUCAACGGAGCUUGACAACCUAUUCGAAGACAGCGUUCUCCAGCGCUUGGAGGAAGCAAACCGCGAUGCUCCACUGAUGCUCGAAGAUCUUCAAGACACAGCGUGGGACAUGCGUGUCUGUAAGGAGUUCCAAAACGCAAAGUGCAGCUACGGGAUCGACGAGACCGAAUCAGAGACCGAAUUCUUCUUCGUCCGCAUACCGAGACUGGAUCGAGCCUACACCAACGAGCGAUUCGGCAUCCGCGCUGGAGAAAUGGUGUUCAGGAGGGAUGACCUGCGACAUUUCUUUGACGCUCAGAUCGAUAAGCUGUGCGUUAUGAUAGACAAGCAACUUUCUUCCCUCCUGAAUAAGUUUCCACACAAGCAAGUGGCACAUAUGAUUCUGAGCGGUGGCCUUGGGAACAGUGCGUAUGUACGCGACCAAUUACGCAAACGCUAUGGUGCACACAACGUGACCUAUCGAAAUGCCGCUAGCCUGCGGAUUCGUGUUGCUCCCAAUCCUCAAAUGGUUGUUUGCAUAGGAAAUGUAGCAGACAGAGUGCAAAGGCUCAAGAGCGGCCAGCCUGUGUUGGGAUGGCGCUGUUGUAGAUCUUCCUACGGACUGCUCUGUAAGAUUCCAUAUGAUCGGAAGGAUCCGAACCAUUUUGGACUUCAACCGGACAAAGAUGAACUCGACGGUAAAUUAUACAUUCGGAAUUGGGUUGAUUGGUUCAUAAAGAAGGGUGAACCUGUGAGUAGCGAUACUCCAAUCGUUCGCGAGUUCGCUCGCAAGUGCCAGCCAGCGACCGCAGAGUGCCCCGAUCCUCCUCGAAUAUUCCCUACAGAAGUUAUCUGCUCGGAUGUAGAUGUGACAUUUCUUCCGACGGUGCAAUCUGACUUCGGCAGCGUUCCCCUUACGAAAUUCAAACUGAAGAACCGACAUUGGUGGAACAUGGCAGAGAAAUACCAUCGAAUCGAGUACGUCGUCAAGGUGAAUCUUGGUCCAGCCGAUAUUUGUUUCGAACUGUGGCAUCAAGGUGUGAAACUGAGCAAAGAUGAAGCUAUCAAGGUAAAGUGGGCUAUGUCUUCAGCACCGAGAGCACCAGUAGACCCCACAUCUUUCUACCAUUCUGAUCCGCAGUCAGUAGCCCUGGGCGUGAGAGAUUCACCCAAGGCACUUUGA